CUGGCCGUCGUUCCUUUGGGGAGCGUCCCUUGAGCUCCGGCUCCGAGUGCAGCCCUGUGGUAGGCGCCGAUCCACCAGACGAGGACCCUGCGCUCAAGAAGCCGCAGGGACUUCCAAGAGAUGGAAGGGCUGUCCCUGCAUACAGUUAUAGGUUGCAGUUUUAAAGUUUGGCAUCAUGGAAGACAGUGGACAAAAAAUUGCAACUGAGGCAAAUGAAGAUAAAACAAUGUCUGCCAACCUAAAAUACCUUUCCUUGGGAAUUUUAGUCUUUCAGACUACCAGUUUGGUUCUAACGAUGCGUUAUUCUAGGACUUUAAAAGAGGAGGGACCUCGUUAUCUAUCUUCUACAGCAGUGGUUGUUGCUGAACUUUUGAAAAUAAUGGCCUGCAUUUUAUUAGUCUACAAAGACAGCAGACUAAACUCCAGUUUUGUUUUUCUUUUUGUUCAGUGGCCCUCAGAUUCUCAAGAGCUUGAUUCUAAGGAACUUUCAGCUGGUUCUCAGUUUGUAGGCCUCAUGGCGGUUCUCACAGCAUGUUUUUCAAGUGGCUUUGCUGGGGUUUACUUUGAGAAAAUCUUAAAAGAAACCAAACAAUCAGUGUGGAUAAGAAAUAUUCAGCUUGUUUUGCAGGCACUUGGAGGCCUUGUAAUAGCUGCUGUUAUUAAAUAUGCAGAUAAUAUUUUAAAAGGAUUUGCAACCUCUUUAUCCAUAAUAUUAUCAACACUGAUAUCCUAUUUUUGGCUACAAGAUUUUGUGCCAACCAGUGUCUUUUUCCUUGGAGCCAUCCUUGUAAUAACAGCUACUUUCCUAUAUGGUUAUGAUCCCAAACCUACAGGCAAUCCUACUAAAGCAUAGUCGUAUACUAUCUUUAACUUGUUUUUCACAAUGGUGCACUAGGAAUCUCAACAUUAAUCUUGCAUAGAGGACUUCUACAGAUUCUAAGAAGAUAUCAUCAUGCUGAAUCUCAUCAUAUUGUUCAAAUGGUUUGAAAAUAUAAAAGUUUAAGGAUAAAAAAUAUGUGUAUAUGUUAACAAAAUACCAAUUACAUCUAGAAAUCAAAGCUUGGAAGUAUUUCCAGGGAUUAGAUUAAUUAUUGGAGAAAACUUGAAAUCUGGGUUUAAAAAGAUUUGACCUUUUGAUUGCUGCAGAAAUGUCCUAUGCACUCUUUGCAAGAGCACACAACAAAUGUCAGAUACCAAUUUUUGCAAAUUAUCUAUUUAAUCUUAUUAAAUGUUUUUUAUCUUUUUCUGUACAGAAAUAUCAAAUCACAUGGAAUAUUCAAAGUUUGAAAAUUAUAAUUAUAAUUAUAAUUGCCUAUAAAGCUGUGAAGAAAUAGAAGUAUGAUUUGAAAAACAUUUUCAUGUAUCUGAGAUUUUUAUAUUUAUAAAAAAGAUAACUAAAGAAAGGAUUGCUAAAUGUCAUUUGUUCAACUACAUAAAAAUUGAUAAAGUUAUGUCCUGGGUCUAAUUUGUGAGAGAAUAAAAUUCAUAUUUAAAUUUAGUGUAGGGAAAUACACACAUCUAUUUCUCCCUCUACAUUUUAAGAUCUUUCAGUGCUUUGAAACUGCUGAAAGCAAUCCAGUUGCUCCUGGGCUAGAUAGUAGCCAGAGACUGUUGCACUAAUGGAGUUUUGUCCUUAAUCUUCUAAUUGUAUUUCUUUUCUGUUAAUCAGAUAAAUCCUUAAUAUUUCUUUAAAUUAAACUUCUGUAUGUGGUAAUUUCC